AAAACAGAGUGAAAGUAAAAGCUAUGACAGGUGUGUGUUGUUAUUCACUCCGUCACCCGAAUCCAAAUUACUAACUAGCAUGAACUUACACUGGUAGCCAAUUGGAGAGAGAUAAGGAUAGGACAAGGAAGCUGACAGCAUAAAAUACCCACUGUUGGAGCAGCACCUUGGUGUGUGUGGGCAAGCACUUAUUUUGUUUGUUUUUGGAGUCGGAAGAGCACAACUGCUAGCACUGACAACAACACUACACUCGCCUGUGUACAGAAGCACAGCUACUGUAGCUACCCACCUAAAGUCAUCUGAGAGAAGAGCGAGAGAGAGAGAGCGAGAGAGACAACACACCCAUUGAACACAGGCCUGGUCGGACCCCAUUCCACAGCUCUGCUCUGGACCAUGGUCCGUCAUACCACCUGUAUCAUGAGCAUCCCUUCCACUGCCAGCAUUGAGAGCCAGCUGCCCACAACAUGGAGCUCCUACCCCUGCCCAGACAUUUCCACAGUGAUGCCCGGUUACACCAGUCGCCUGUGGUCCCAGGACUACAAGCCUCAGUAUUGGUCAAAGUACCUGGUGUGGCAAUGGCUACAGCAGAUGGUGGACAUGCACCAGAUUGACGCUGCCAGCAUCCACUUCCAGAACUUUGAUGUGGAUGGCCGUCAACUGUGCAGCAUGACCUACCAGGACUUCACACGCGCCGCGGGCACCAUGGGGCCUAUCCUCUACCAAAGCCUCAACGAGCUCAAAUGGAGCGGACAGUAUCCUGGUGUGGAGUUUAACCCACUGAACAUUAUCAAAUCAGAGCUAGAUGAUCUCCCUUGUCCAUUCCCAGAACCUAGCAUAUAUCCUGCAGACAUUUUUGAUCCCUCAUGUCAAUGCCUCGCACCUGUGUCAUCGCCCACUACCUCAAGUCCAGACACAAAGGGAUCUCACAUUCACCCUCAUCAGAUCAAAAAACACAACCCCCGGGGGACCCACCUGUGGGAGUUCAUUAGGGACAUUCUGCUGAACCCAGAGCGGAAUGCAGGCCUGCUCAAGUGGGAGGACCGGACAGAUGGCGUGUUCCGUUUCCUUAAGUCAGAGGCUGUUGCUCAGCUGUGGGGCAAGAAGAAGAACAACAGCAGCAUGACCUACGAGAAGCUCAGCCGAGCUAUGAGAUAUUACUACAAACGGGAAAUCCUGGAACACGUGGAUGGCCGAAGGCUAGUCUACAAGUUUGGAAAAAAUGCACAAGGAUGGAGGGUGUCAGAAAAGUAAAAGAGUCUGUAGGACACCUCUACACUAUUUUGUGCCUUUUUUUGCCUGUCUAUUUGUUUGUUUUUUAUUUUAAUGUGUCACUGUGAUGUUUUACUAUGUUGUUUUACAAAGAGAAGCAGAAUGCCUUGUUGCAACUCUUGACAUUUGUGGGAGUUUUGUAUGAUAUGUUUACAUUUGGUUAAGAAAGACUACAUUUAAUUGCUUACCCAGCUAGCACAUAAUGUUCAGAGAACCAAAUGUUUCUGAGAGCUUGGUGACAGCGGGGUUGUCAUAUGGUUAUUUUGCAUACAACCUUCCUACAACUUUCUGGGAAUGGUGCAGGAUAGUUGCUUGACUGUGGAACAUUCUCGGCACAUUUAAGGAACUUAAAUGUGGUAUUUCAUUACUUUAACUGAAUGUUUCCUAAAAGUUCAAACAUGGUCGGAUUUAAUGUCAAUUUUGGUAAUGUUCUAGGAAUGUUCUCCAACUAGUUUGACAUUGGGAAUGUUCUAAAAAAGUCCAGAGAAUGUUAAAAACCUCUAUGGGCUAGGCGGGACGAAUUCGUCCCACCUACGUAACAGCCACUUGAAGCCUGUGGCGCGAUUUUCAAAACCUUAAAAAUCCUAUUACUUCAAUUUCUCAAACAUAUGACUAUUUUACAGCUAUUUAAAGACAAGACUCUCGUUAAUCUAACCACACUGUCCGAUUUCAAAAAGGCUUUACAACGAAAGCAAAACAUUAGAUUAUGUCAGCAGAGUACCAAGCCAGAAAUUAUCAGACACCC